ACGCGACAACUCCAUCCCCCGUCCGCACCCCUACCCCGAGCAUCACAGCGCCUCCCGCACGAGGUCGUUGCGCUUGUCGAUCUGAUGGCGGCCCAUGGCAAAGGAGCAGGUAGAAAAUGGCCGAUGCCGAGGAUAUCCAGCCCCUCGUCUGCGACAACGGAACUGGCAUGGUCAAGGCUGGGUUCGCUGGCGACGACGCCCCGAGGGCCGUCUUCCCCAGCAUCGUGGGGCGCCCGCGCCACAUUGGUGUCAUGGUCGGGAUGGGGCAGAAGGACGCCUACGUCGGUGACGAGGUUCUGCAAACCGAUCAUAACAAAACCAAAGGUAGCUUUGAAGCCGCAGACUCUGUCUCCACAACCUGAAGCCCAAGCACCUCAUGAUCCUCAAACACCAGAGCAACAACAAAGCGGGACUGGUGUAGGUGUGUAGCUGGUGAGCCGGGUAGUGAAGGAGGUGUGUACCAGGCCUCCAGUGAGCAAAUGGGCAUGGUGCCAGAUGCAUCUGCGGCCGGUGGCAGGAAGGUCGAGCUGGAUGGGGACAUGCGAUGGACAUCACAGGUUGGCCCCUCCAGUGAUCCAUCUCAAACACUAGCCAG